ACUCAAUAUGGCAGUUCUAGCUGGUGUAGUUGUGUGUGCUGUUGUAGCUGUUGCGUGCUGUUGUAGCAGAAGAAUAAAACGGUAGAAACGUACUCUUUCUUCAAUUUUAUACUACUACCUGCUUUUAAUUUUAUUCAAGAAAAUCUUUCUCGUAUUUCUGACAAUGGUGAUACCAAUGAAUACUUUUAAUGUUAAAAAACUCUUCGUCAAUAGUGAUGAGUCUAAGGAUACUCCAAAAUAUAGUGACGAAGGAGUACAUGAUCGGAAAAAGGAAGAAAAGUUAAAAGACAGUAUUUGCGAUGUUGUAUCGUCAAAUGAGGAAAACGUUUCUUAUGCUAAGUGCUUUGAAGAAAAUAAUGAUAUUCAUUCAAAAGAAGAAUCAAAAAUUUUAUUUUCGGAGGAAGUACCAAAUUUAGCAGCUUUUAAAACCAGAAAGCUAUUUGGAAUUAGCUGCUAUGAAUUUUCACCUUUCAUUAAUUUAUGUUCUAAAAGGUUUGAAGAUUUACAAGAUUUAAAAAUAAAGAAAUUUCUAAUGUGGUUAACGCUAGUUCUCUGAAUAAUCGAAUUCAUCAGAAUAAAUCUGACAAUGAAUCAGAAGAUAAAUUAGAAACUGAUGCUAAGUGCUUUGAAGAAAAUAGUGAUACUCACUCAAAAGAAGAAGAAUUAAAGGCUUUAGUUAUGGAGAAAGUAGAAAAUUCUGCGUGUUGUGUUGAAGCAUCUAGAUUUUACCACAAUUCAAGCAUAAGAUUUGCAGAUAAGUUAAGACAAAUGGAAGUAAGAAGUGAUGGUGAAUUUGUGCUAGCAAGCAACAUUGUUAAUUGUCUUCAAACAGAUCAUAAAACUACACGUACUUCUAAUGACUAUAGGGAUUUAAUCGAUUCUGAAUCUGAGAGUGAGGAAGAAGAAAGAACACAUGGUUCUUUUACAUCAAUUGAUAAUGCUGUUCCAUGUAGUGCCAAAAAGAUAUCCACUGAGAAAAAGAAGGAUUCUACAAGAGUUUCCAAGCAAGAGGCAAUGCGUCGAAUACGUAGUGAAAGCCAACGUUUAUGCAGAGAAACAAGUGUUUCUUUGCCAUAUCACGUACCAAAACAGCAUACAUUAUUAGAGUUUUUAAAUAGGACAAAGAAAAUUCCAAAUUUGUCACAGCCAGUUUCAAGAGCUGCAAGACUGAAAAUGUCAUCUGAAGUAGUAAGUCAAGCACUUGCAGAAAAAGAAAAAGAAGCAGAAUCUUUUUACAAGUCCUCAGAUUCAGAAGAUGAUACACAACAGUCUAUAUCUUUGGUUAGCAAGAAUGUAGAAAAAUCUUUUGUUACAAAUGAGAAGAUAGCUUCCAUGACAGAUAUCAAACAUACAGGAGAAAGUAAUUUCGAUGAGGAGAAGAAAAAAUCAGGACCUGACUUCUACAGAUGUACAUUGGAUGUGGUAGAGAUUGUAGAUAAACAAAAUUUUAGGCCUCCUCAGUGCAAUUCUGUAGUAAGUGACAAAAAUAGAGAUAACAAUCUGACCGCAGAAACAAUAGAAAUAUCAGAAACUUUUAAUAAUAUUAAUAAUAAGGAAAUGACUCAAGUGCUUCAAGGAGAUUUUGAGAAUUGUGUGACAGAUGCUACUGUUACGUUUACAAAUUCGUCUGGCAAUAUUAUAACACAAGAUAAAAAUAAUGAAGCAAAAGAUAAGCAGGUUGAAACAGAUUACACAUCAUCUUCUCAUACUUUAGUCAAACAGAUUGGUUAUAAUUUAUUAGAAAUUCAAGAUAAUUCUGUAAUAAAGAAUUGUCAUAAGGCUAAUAGUCAUGUACUCGGCUUGCCGCUUCCGAACUUUAUGGCGAAUCAAAGAAAGUUAUCAGAGUUUACGUCAAAUUCUAAAGUUACAUUAAAAGGAUCACCAGGUAUGAUUAUCGACUUGUCAGACGAUGCAAAAUCUAAUACGAAAGGUGCAAAUACUUUGUUAGAUAGAUUUUUCAGUAAACAUGUUAACACAAAGAAACAGACUGACAAUAAAUCUGAAGUGUCUGUACUGUAUUUGGAAGACACUCAGAACGGUCCCAUUCCGACGAAGGAAGUACUCCCGUACAAAUUUCCUACUAAUACCGAACACAAUCCUGAACUGGACAAACCUGGGGCGAAAUUGAGGCGUUUAAAACAGAGUCUGAAAUUGCAAAUGAAUCAGAAACGUGCAAAGGAAUGGGAACAAAGAAAGGAAAAAUUGCAAACGCAGGAAGAAGAAAAAUGGAGCGACGAGGAAGAUUUAGAUGCGCAAGAAGAGAAUGAUAUGAGAUUGAGCUAUAGCAGUGAAAGCGAACCCGAGGAGAAUGAUGUCUGCAUUAAGGAUAAGAAGAGGAGAAAGUGUUUGUUUGCAGAUGAUGAAGCACAAGAAACAGACGAUGAAGGUUCAGAUAUAAACGCGGAGGAUAUAUAUGAUGAAAGUGAUACGGGUCAAAUGGAAUAUGGUGAACGAUCCAGAAGUUCUGAGCGUAAAAAAGAAUAUGUAGACGAUAGUGAGACAGAGAGCUGCGAAGAUUUUGAAGACAAAGAAAAUUUAGACACAGAUAUAGAGGAUGGAAAUGUAUCAGAUGUUGAGGAUAACGACGAUCUUGAUGAUUGUGAAGAUGAUAAUAUAAUCAGAAAUGGAAGAAAUAGAAUAAGAACGCAAUCGAUACAAGAGUUUGAAGAUGACUCGAACAGUAUAGAUCCGAAUGAUUUGGAAAAUGGUAAUCGGUUAAGAAGCCAAGCGUGCAAAACACCUUCGACAAAGACAAGCAUGCUCGAUUUUGUUUCACCUAUAACACAAUUAAGCGUAUUAAACACCACUUUGGAUUCGAAUAAAAAAGUUUUAUCGGAGAAGACUGAAUAUCUGAUUGAUGAACACAAAUUUGUUUCCAUGGAAAAUACACAGAAUGAUAAGCCUUUCAAGCAUGUACGCGAUAUUGAAAAGAAAAAUAUUUUUAAGAAAAAGUUGUUUGACGAUACUGGAGAAACUGUCGAUGAUGAAUAUCUUAUGCAAUUGUGUUCAGGUAAAUUCGAGUCCACCCAAAGAACUGAUUUGAAUUUCAAAAAUUUAUCCUCGCAACUCAAUACCUCUGAAUCGCAGUUACUUGAAUUACGUAAUGGAAAUUUCUGCACGAAACAGGAUGAUAUCAAACAAUCGGAAAGUUCGGAGGUGAGAAAUGAAAGCUCUCAAGAUAUAAAAUUAACGUUGGAUGAAGAUUCUGUACUCUGUAACUCUGUAAAUCAAACAACGGCAAUAAAGGAAAUCAGCGCGUUAAGUUCAAAACGUAAAUUAAGAAUUGCUUCUUCGGACGAUGAGGACGAAGCGGAUAAAUAUUAUAAACCGAAAACCCGUUUGACCAGAAGAUGGAAUUUGUCCGAUUCGGAAGAGGAGGAAGUAAACCCGAAUGUGUGUGUUCAUUUCUCAGAAGAAGAAAGCGAAAACGAUGAUGUGGAAAGCGUAAACGAUGAUGAUGAAAAGACAGAGCAAUAUAUUGACUACGAUUCCGAAGAAAACGAGGUGACAGUUGUACCGAAAAAGAAUCUAAAGAAUGUUGUGGCUGAUUUUCUGGAAGAGGAAGCGGAGUUAAGCGAGAGUGAUUGGGAUUCUGCUGAUGAAGACGAAAAGGGCAUGGAUAAAUUAGAGUUCGAGGAAGCCGAUGAAGAACAGCUAGAUGAAUAUGAAGUAAAAAAUCAACUAGAAAAAAUGCACGCGAAACAGAUGCUGGAUGAACAUAAAAGAGAUAUUAGGAUUAUGAAGGAGUUAUUAUUUGAAGAUGGUGAUUUAUAUACCGAUGGAACGGGUCGUGAGCGCAAGUUCAAAUGGAGAAAUAUAGAUAAAUUAGGAAAUAAUAUGGAAAUGCCUCAAGCCCUCGACGAAAACGAUGGUUGGGUAGACGUGCAAGAAGAUGAGGAAGAGGCACAGUGGAACAAACUCAGGCAAGAAAGAGACAAGUUUCUUGAAGAAAAAAUGAAAUCUUCAAGCAACGAAGUCGAAGAUGAGUUAUGCAGUAGUCAAAUUUUUAAACGCGGACUGUUAGCGCUGAAGAAAGUCAAGUAUAAUGAACCUCAAAAACAAGAUGCUUCUCCCAACAAAAAAGAUUCAUCCGAAAACAUGGAACCAAUCAUGCCGCGGAAUUUAGAGGAUUUCUUGAAUGGACCAAAUGCUGGGAAGAAAUCCCAGACGAUAUAUAAUGUUAUACAAAAACGUUCGCUUUUAACUCGAGGAGAAGAGUCAUUGGCGAGAAUAGCUUCAUUGGCAAAGCAAAGUGAUUCUACUUCUCAUGCAGCAGGUGCAAAAAAUUUUGUCUUUCCCUCUAUUGAGCCACAAAUAGAUGAUGACGCUAAAAAUGAAAACAAAAUAAAAGAAGAGGAUCGGAAUUUAAAAGCAAAAAAGAGAGCAAUAACAUCAGAUUUUUCGUCGGCAACUAAAAGACAGCGUAUAUAAAAUUGAUAUUUGAAGAAAGAAAAAUUAUUCUUAUAAGACUUUUAUAAUUAUUCUUAUAAGACUUUUUCAUUAGGAAUGUAAAAUUUAACUUAAAUAUUUCAAUAAGCUAUUUUUUUAAGCCUUUUUACAAGUAUAAGAAUAUUAACUCUUAACAAAUGAGAUGGAUUCUGAAAUCCAUGAAUGUUCUAGCAAAUUUAUAUAAUCAUAGAUAUAUUAAUAAUAAUAAUAAUAAUAAUAGUAAUAGGGUUUGUGUGUGCCUUCACAUUAUCAGUUAAAUCAGAUUUUUCUAUCUCAUUAAUUAAGAGUUGAUAUUAAACGAAUUGUGCUUGGUUUCUUGUAUGUAUACAAGUACCUAUACAUAAAUGGCAAAUAUAUACACACAAAAAUCAUA